AUGAAUUGUAGCACACAGCGCAUUGUCAACCAGUUCUCGAGGCAGACUGCGCGACGAAGAUUCAAUAUACGAUCGCGACGAUGGAACUCUACGUUUGAGACUAGGGAAUGGUCUACGCCCCUUGCACGAACCCUGGCAAAUGUUAUCAAGACGACAGGGCCGGUGCCCAUUGCGGCAUUUAUGCGCCAAGUACUCACUUCUCCAGAGGGGGGUUAUUACACCACCAAACCAGGAGGGGGCGGAGAGGUAUUCGGAAAGAAGGGCGACUUUGUCACAUCGCCGGAAAUAUCGCAAGUAUUUGGGGAGUUAGUUGGUAUAUGGACAAUUGCGGAAUGGAUGGCACAGGGGGGGAAAAAGAGUGGAGUGCAGCUCAUGGAGAUUGGGCCAGGGAAGGGGACAUUGAUGGAUGAUAUGUUGCGAACUUUUCGAAACUUCAAACCUUUCACGUCGAGUCUCGAGGCAAUAUAUCUGGUGGAGGCUAGCCCUACUUUGAGAGAGGUCCAGAAGCAGCUACUCUGUGGUAAUGCCGUUAUGGAGGAAACAGAUAUCGGCCAUCGGUGUACGAGCAAGUACUUUAACGUGCCCGUGAUCUGGGUGGAAGAUAUCCGGCUGUUGCCUCAUGAGGAAGAUAAGACGCCGUUCAUCUUCGCUCAUGAAUUCUUCGAUGCCCUCCCAAUCCACGCUUUUGAGUCGGUUCCUCCCUCACCGGAAAAUGAACAGCAGGAACAGGAGAUUAUGACACCCACAGGCCGGACGAAACUCCAGAGACCACCAAAAGCAGCAAACACACCUCAAUGGCGCGAGCUAAUGGUCACUCUGAACCCGAAAGCAGUUGACGAGAACAUUAAAGAUGAGCCGGAGUUCAAAUUAACUCUAGCGAAAGCAUCUACUCCGUCCUCCCUUGUCAUUCCUGAAAUCUCUGAACGGUACCGGGCCCUUAAAUCCCAGCCUGGGUCCACCAUCGAAGUCAGCCCAGAAAGCCGCAUCUACGCAUCAGAUAUUGCGCGACGUAUCGGCGGCUCAUCGCAGCCCCCUCGGACCGCAGCGGGGCGCAACGCAUCUGCACCCUCUGCAAUCGCGAAGCGCAUUCCUUCAGGAGCUGCCCUGAUCAUGGAUUACGGGACAAUGUCGACUGUUCCAAUCAACUCGCUCCGCGGCAUCCAGAACCACAAAAUUGUCCCUGCACUCUCUUCCCCUGGUCGAGUUGAUGUCAGUGCCGACGUGGACUUUACGUCGCUUGCUGAGGCAGCCCUGGAAGCUAGCGAGGGCGUGGAAGUUCACGGACCCGUAGAGCAAGGACACUUCUUACAGGCUAUGGGUAUCGCGGAGCGAAUGCAGCAAUUGCUGAGCACUGUCAAGGAUGAGAAGAAGCGCAAGAUCCUGGAAACUGGAUGGCAACGCCUUGUUGAAAGAGGCGGUGGUGGCAUGGGUAAGCUGUAUAAAGUCAUGACUAUCAUCCCAGAGAAUGGCGGCAGACGCCGGCCAGUGGGGUUUGGAGGAGGAGUCCCACUCUAA